AUGACGACGGUCAUGAUUGCCAUGACCAUCGGCGGCUCCAGCAUCGUCGGCCUUGCGCUGCUGCUGUCCCUCGUCCGCACCGUCGAGCGAGGACUGUUGCUCGGCGCGUGCGGCGGCGGCGCUGACGCUCCCCCUGAGCCGUGGCUGUUUCGCGCAUACCAGGUCGUCGCCGCCGCCCUCAACCUCCUCGUUUGGUUGCUGCUCGUCGCCUGCGUCGGCCUCCUCGCCGCCGCGCUGCUGCUGUGGGGCGGCUUCGAGGCGGCGGCGCGCUCCAUCGACGCGGGCGUCAGCGCUUCUGAUGUCAUCCUGCAGCCGACUGGGCUCACCCUCAGCUCGGCCAGCGACCUCACAGCGCGCGUGAUCGCGUCGCUCGGCGACGCGUCCCUCGCGUCGCUGAUGUCUGGCGCCACGGGACUGCCAUUCACGCCGGUGUGCGCGCCGGUGUGCGUCAACGCCGGGUCUUUCGCGCCGCUGCUGCGCAUGCGCGAGUCGUGCGUCUGCGGCGGCGGCGUGAUCGACGACGUGCGCGCGCUGUCCGCGGCCGGCGCCAAGCAGGCCGCCAUCGGCUUCGCCGGCGCGGCGGCGAUGUGGCUGGCGUCGUGCCUGCUGCUGGUGAUCUUGACCGGGCACCACGUGACCGCAGGGUUUGACCGCCGCAGCGCCGCGUUUCUGAAGGAGCGACGCGCAGAGGAGUACAACAUGGGUUUCAGCGCCAAUCCCAAGGACUGCAUCCCGGCGGAGGAAAGCUCCGACGUUGUUGCCGCAGGGGCGGACCAGCUGCCAUCUAGGCUGCGGCCCUCGGCUGUUUGA